CUCUACUCUCAUCUAUUCGAUUUGCAAUGCCCCGUCUGCGCCCAGUCGCCACCCUCUCCCUACACGGCCGAACCAUCCUUCAAGCGGCAAUUUUCUCAUACCCGGCUGCCACCUUGGAAGAAUCAUGCCGCCUUGCUCUAGUGCCCCUUUUUCUCUCCAUUGACCGCCUCUCUCAGGAUUCUUCGGUCCUGAUAGAGUCUGGUUACCCCAGACUUCGCACACGCCGGGCCCCAACAAUUAACGCAUUUUUGAAUUUCUCCCCGCAACGCAACACAGCAACAGCGAUGAAUAUACUAGCAGGAUGUCUAUCGUCCACUAUGUCUAGGUUCCGUCGAUACUUGCUGUACUGGCUUCAUCCGGAGCACAUCUACGGCUGAAGGAGGGGCGUCCGCCCCUCGCAAGGUUCAGUCCCUCAUGAAGCAGAUUGAUUAGCCUGUUUGCUUUCUCUUUUUUCUCUGGAUCACUGAGGCAUCAGUG